GAAGGGGCACAGACCCGAGGUGAGGGAGUGCACAGUGACAGCAGCUGAUUCGAGUUGGCCAUAGAUUGUCAAUGAAACAAAUGAAACAGGGAGGAAGGGGCGAUUAGGCGUCUAGUGACUUUUAGUUUUUUUUUAAAGAAGAAGAAGAAAUUAAAAAAGAAAGAAAGGGGAGCUCGAUCCCUUUAGAUUCAACGUCUGUCCAGACUCGUCCUGAGCGCCACGCACCAGAUCUGUCAGUGUGUCAGUGUCAGGUACGUUCAGGUGCACCCCAUCACCACGCGUGAAGAAGUUGAUGACUCCAAUUGAAAUAUAAAUGACUUCUGAUUGUUUUUCUUUUUUCUUUUUUUUUCAUUUUGCUCAUUAGAAUAAAUACAAUUGACAACACGAGCUCAGGCAACAGGCGAGGUCACCGCUCUGAGUCAAACCACUCUCUCUCUCCUUAAUAAAGACACAAUAAUAAAUAACGAGAUGCGUUUUCUUCUCAAACUCAGGGUGGGAUUUUAAAAAAAAGAAAAAAAAAAGAAAAAAAAAAUCGCUCAACGCGCGGCCGGCGCUGCUGCUGCGCAUGCGCCAAUGGCACUUUCACUACCCUCCACACAGUCGCGUAUUUCACAUGGGGCGAGCGGGAGGUCUCAUCCACUUGCGUGAACGCUGCCGCGGAGAAGUGGUCGACGGUCCCGGGCGACGCGACGACGCGGUGUUCUCCCUCCCUCUCGCUUGGCUGCAGGCGUCGGCUUCACACUGAUGGACGCCACCAUGGAGCAGGACACAUAAGUCGAGCGCUCACAAGGACGCGGCCACUCGUACCUGUUUCUUUUCUCCAGAAGACAGUCAACGGUGGGGAUGAAGAAUUGAACUCCUAAAAGCGCAUCUGUGCCCGACAUGUCAAAACCGAUGGAUCACGUAAAACGCCCAAUGAACGCUUUCAUGGUCUGGUCCAGAGCCCAGCGCAGGAAAAUGGCUCAGGAGAACCCGAAGAUGCACAACUCCGAGAUCAGCAAGCGGCUGGGAGCCGAGUGGAAACUUCUCACGGAGUCCGAGAAGAGGCCGUUCAUCGACGAAGCCAAGCGACUGCGCGCCAUGCACAUGAAGGAGCACCCAGACUACAAGUACAGACCGCGGCGGAAGCCCAAGACUCUGAUGAAGAAGGACAAGUUCUCCUUCCCCGUGCCCUACAACCUCGGGGAGCACGACGCGCUCAAGGUGAGCGGCCUCUCCGCCGGAGCGCUGUCCGACUCCAUCAUGGGCCACCCGGACAAGGCGGCGGCGGCGGCGGCGGCCGCGGCGGCGAGGGUGUUCUUCAACCCGUCCAUGUCCGCGAACCCCUACUCCUUUUUCGACCUGGGGUCCAAGAUGACCGAGCUCUCGCCGCCCUCCUUUCCGUACGCGUCCCCGCUGGGCUACCCGGGGGCCACGGCGUUCACCGGCACCGGCGGCGUCGGCGGCGGGACGCACGCGCACACUCACUCGCACCCGUCCCCUGGAAACCCGGGCUACAUGAUCCCGUGUAACUGUUCGGCCUGGCCCUCUGCGGGACUCCAGCCGCCCUUAGCCUACAUCCUGCUCCCCGGGAUGGGGAAACCUCAACUUGAACCGUACCCUGCAUAUGCUGCGGCAUUAUGAUAGACCCCCCAUCCACCCACACCCCCCCCCCCCCCCCCCCCCCCCCCCCCCUCCACAUUGGACUUUUAAGAAAAUGAAACGUGAAAACAAAAACAAGAAGAAAAAGGAAGAAAAAAAAACAACUAUCCAUGCAAGAGUUUUAUUAUGCAUGCACAAACUUGUACAUGUGAUGAAGUGCUCGUCGUCUCCGAUAUCACAUGUGUAUGUACAUUGAUUAAUGCCUUUAUCUACAAGGUCAUGCUUAUUUAGAGAACCCCUCUAAUCUGUUAGGACCCGGGGCCGUCCCCUCUCUCGAGGACUGAGGGAUGGCACAGAGGGAAAAGGGAAUCAGGACAGUUUGUGCGAACUCAUUUUGAAAAGGUACCCCUGUUCGAUUUCUACCUUAUUUUUUUUUUUUUGCAAGUUGCACCUGCUUGACUGACCUGUUGGAACGAGGGCAGCCAAUGCAAUGACAAUAUGAACCACGGGACCAAAGCGUUUCCUCUCAGAUAACAUGUUGCCGGGCCCUAAUUCACGGAUCAAGGAGGAUUGUCACAACAACACCCCCCCCCCCCCCCACCACCACCCCCCCAUGCGCCUCUUGAGUGACUGUAAAUGUGUACAGAUAAAAAUGACUCUAGUUUAUUUGCCGUUAUAGGCUUAGUGUUUGAGCUAGGGGCCAGGAAAACCUGCGUAUUUCACUAGAAAUCCGCGGUAUAUUUUGAGUUUUUCCAAACCGUUUUAUAGAUGUCUGUAAUAUUUAUUGUUUUUAGUGGAAUCUAUGGUGACCCAGACGUUUUUUUUUUUUUUUUUAAUUUGAAAAAGGACAAAAAGCAGUUCUGUAAUAUUUGCACAUGAAACGGAUGUAAUUUAUUAUGAAGGUGGUAUUAAAUUCCAGUGCAUUGCAACUCUCUGGGUUUUGCUCGGCGGUAAGAAAAAGUACACACAGUUUUUAAAAUGCAAAUGGAGUUUAUUCAAUUUUAUCAUUUUUCUUGCCCCCCCCCCCCCCUCACACUCCUCGUAUCAUGUGCAGCAGCAGAAGAAGAAAAAAAAAAACGUUUCUAACUGACUCUUAAGGAAUUUGUAUGUUUUUGUGUUUUUCUUUUAACCUCCGUUGUGUACUUCAACCUGCUGUCCACCUGUUGAGCAAGGGGACUACAAUAAAGCGUCUUCGGAUUGAACGGAAA